AUGUCUGAAACUCCACCAUCGAACAGAAAUGCUUUAGUCGAAGGUAGCCCAACAGCUGACAUAGCUGGAAUGCCUUUAGAAGAGGCUGUUGGUUUACUGAUGAGGCAAUUAGCUGAAACCAGAGAAGAAGCGGACCACCUGAGGGCCGAAAAGGAAAGUGCUACUAAUACUGAGGCUAGGAGACCUCCACCCACUUUCCCAAAUCUGGAUCUACCAAUUCCUGACCAUUUCGCUCAAACCCAGACUGGGGUUGCCUUUCAAACUCCACUACGCCAAAAUACCACCCAUGUGGGGAGUUCCUCCCACCAAACCCCAGCUUUUCAAACACCAGCUCAUGCUACAAACACAAAUACUUAUCAAGCCCCUCGGGCAACAGGAGUUCCUGUGCCCCAUCUCGUACAACCUAAUGUCACUUUUCAAGACCAUGUCACCCAUAUUGACUCUUCGCCAGAAUUGGAGAACAUGGAAAUGUUCUUUGAAGCAAGAAUAGACAAAAUGGAGAAGGAGAGGGGGAAGAAAAUCGCUGAACUGGAACAUAGCUCUAAAAAGAAAGACGGGUUAAGAUACUCUGAUUUGUGCAUACAUCCAGACCUGGGUCUACCAGAAGGCUUCAAAAUUCCCAAGUUUGAUCACUUUAAUAGGUCGGACAAUCCCAAGGCCCACUUGAGGGCUUACUGUGACCAGUUGGUUGGAAAUGGCGAAAACGAAGCUUUGCUCAUGAGGAAGAAAUGGCAAGUUCAUUCAUGGAAAGAUUAUGGCUUCAACGUGGAAAAUGUGCCUGAUCGCUUCUCAUUGGAGAAAAUUCGUCAGAAAUCGGAAACCUACCGAGAAUAUGCUAGUCACUGGAGGGAUGAAGCAGCACGUGUGCAACCACCCAUGACUAAAGCUGAGGUGGUAGCCGCAUUCAUACGGUACCAAAAAUCUGAUUGUUUUGACAAGAUGAUAACUAUGAAAGGGAGAACCUUUGCAGAUUUAGUUGCCAUUGGGGAAGAUAUCAAGGAUGGCCUCAAGACCGACAGAAUUGUUAGUGUACUAAACAGAUCAGGUGCAUCUGGCGCCAUGGGUGGAAAAAAGAAAAGAGAAGAUAUAGCCUAUGUUUCUAGAGCUACUAGCCCGAAAAGCCAAGGAAAAGAGAUGUCCCACAAAAACUCAGAAAACUACCAAUCACCUCCACCAACCAACUAUAUAACCACUUCAAUCCAAUAUAGCCUAAUGUUUAUGUGCUACGCACAACCUGGCUAUCAAGCUCCACAACCAAAUUGUCAAACACCCACGCCAAGCAACAGAGCUCCACUACCAAAUUAUCGAAUGCCAGCACCUAAUAACCAAUCCCUACAAAAUCAGACUUUCCAGAACCAGCCUUCACUAGUAAACUAUGAGGCACCCCAAAGGAAACUUAUGAGAGCAUUCACUCCUAUGCCAGAAUCGAGGACAAGUUUAUUUUCCAAGUUAAGGGACACCGGGCGAAUAAGCGCUGUCCCACCAAAGCCUGCUAAUCCUACAGAUCGGUGGUACAGGCCAGAUCUCACUUGUGCCUAUCAUUCUAACCAAGUUGGCCAUGCCACCGAAUAUUACAUAAACCUAAGGCACAAAUUACAGGAUAUGAUUGAUUAA